UUCAGUCUGCUGCUGGCCUAGCUGUUGUCUGCCACCUAAGCUGCGGAGCAGGAGAUGGCCGUGGACCCAGUCUCCAGUAGGACUGCAGGGAACAUAUCGCCACAACUCCAUGUUGCAGCCAGGGCUUGCGUCCUCAGCUCUGCCUCUUGGAAAUGAUGGCUACCAUAGCUCUUUCCUGGCGUCUGUCCCUCUACGUCCUCCUCCAGCUCCUGGCUACACCUUGGGCGUCUGCAACAGUGAAAGACUGUUCCCAUCUUGAGUGCUUCUACAACUCAAGAGCUAAUGUCUCCUGCAUGUGGAGUCAUGAAGAGUCCUUGAAUGUCACAACCUGCCACAUCCAUGCCAAGUCAGACAUGCGACACUGGAACAAAACUUGUGAGCUAAUUCUCCUGAGGCAGGCAUCCUGGGCCUGCAACCUGAUUCUCGGGACACUCCCAGAAUCCCAGUCACUGACCUCCGCAGACCAACUCGACAUAAGUGUGGUGUGCUUGGAAGAGAAGGGUUGGCGCAGGGUGAAGACCUGCAAUUUCCAUCCCUUUGACCAUCUUCGCCUGGUGGCCCCUCAUUCCCUCCAAGUCCUUCACAUUGAAACCGAGAGAUGUAACAUAAGCUGGAAGCUCUCCCAGGUCUCUCACUACGUUGAACCAUACUUGGAAUUUGAGGCCCGUAGACGUCUUCUGGGCCAUAGCUGGGAGGAUGCACCCCUAUUUAGCCUCAAGCAGAGGCAGCAGUGGAUCUUCUUGGAGAUGCUUACCCCUAACACCUCAUAUGAGCUCCAGGUGAGGGUCAUAGCUCAACGAGGCAAAAACAGGACCUGGAGCCCCUGGAGCCAGCCCCUGGCCUUUUGGACAAGGCCAGCAGAUCCCAUGAAGGAGCUCCUCCCCCUGUCAUGGCUCAGAUGCCUUCUACUGGUCCUCGGUUGUUUCUUUGGCUUCUUGUCCUGCGUCUACAUUUUGGUCAAGUGCCGGUACCUUGGGCCAUGGCUGAAGACAGUUCUCAAGUGCCACAUCCCAGAUCCCUCCGAGUUCUUCUCCCAGCUGAGCUCCCAACAUGGGGGAGACCUUCAGAAAUGGCUGUCCUCGCCUGUCCCCUCAUCCUUCUUCAGCCCCACUGUCCCUGCACCUGAGAUCUCUCCGCUGGAAGUGCUUGGCAGAGACACCAAGGCCAUGCAGCUGCUCCUGUUACAGAAGGACACGGCCCCUUCACCCUCGCCCAGUGGCCACUCACAGGCCAGCUGCUUCACCAACCAAGGCUACUUCUUCUUCCAUCUGCCCAAUGCCUUGGAGAUCGAAUCCUGCCAGGUGUACUUCACCUAUGACCCCUGCAUAGAGGAGGAUGUGGAGGAAGAUGAGCCAAGGCUGCCCGAGGGAUCUCCCCUCCCACCUCUGCUGCCUCUGGCUGGAGAACAGGAUGACUACUGUGCCUUCCCACCCAGGGAUGACCUACUGCUCUUCUCCCCGAGCCUGAGCACCCCCAACAAUGCCUAUGGGGGCAGCAUAGCCCCUGAAGAGAGGCCUCCCCACUCCCUGCAGGAGGGACUUCCCUCCCUAGCAUCCCCUGACCUGAUGGGCUUACAGCGCCCUCUGGAGCUGGUGCUGGAAGGUGAUGGAGAGGGGCUGUCUACCAAUACCUCUGAGGAGCAGGCCAGUGUCCCAGAAGGCACCCCUCAUGGGCAAGAUCAGGACAGAGGCCAGGGCCCCAUCUUGACUCUAAACACUGAUGCCUAUCUGUCUCUUCAAGAGCUACAGGCCCAAGAUUCAGUCCACCUAAUAUAGACAGGAGGCCAGGAUUGGGAUCCAGCUGCCUGGGUCAGGUCAGGCUUGAGGGAGACUGCUUAAGGAACUGUCUCUUGAGGACAGUCUGCUGUUGAGGACUAUCCCUGGUUAUCCCUACCCCAAAACUUAGUCAUCCACUUCUGAGCUCCACUUGAUGCUUCCUGGUCUAGCCAGGGUCUUGGGUGGGGAGCGGUGGUCAGCUCUGCUGCCCUAUUUAGUCACGAGGUCACUAAACUUCCUAUACCUGCCUCUCUCCUUCCUGCUUACCUUCACAGGGCAGCCAGAACUUGCUUCCCCAAUACAAAAGCAACCUUGCUCCUCUUCUAUUCCUGAGCUUGCUGUGGCUCCCUACUGCCCUCUGCCCCGUUUCCUGGUUUCCUGUCCCGAUUCUUGCCGCACCAGCACUGCUGGGGAACAGCUGUCCUCAGGUUGGGAUGUGGUUAUACGCUGUCUUAAUCAGAGAAGCUUUGACAACCCAAACGAAGAGAUCCCAAUAAGACUGGAUGCAGCCUGUCGACUGUUGAGGGUCCUUCAAAGAAGGAGGGGAUGGGAAGGGUCAUCAAUCCAUCACCUGAGAUCUUAGCCACUCCCCUCCACCCCAUCCUCAGCUAUGUGUGAUUCUGCUCCUGGAGCGUGUGUUAUUGUAUGUGUUCUUGGGAGAUGCUGGCAUAUAUAGAAGGGGGGAGGGCUGAUGGAAGUCCAUAUAUGUUGCUUUGGGGGCCUUGUUGUCUAUUCUGGGGUGGGGUUUUCUGUGAAGCAGCUUCUUUGGGGUUACCUAGUCCCCUGUCAGUAAGCCUAACAGACUCAAAGGCUCACCAAGCUGGACUUGAGUGUACUUGUGCCUUUGAUGCUGUACCUGGGAGAAGUACUUAUUUGUUAAUGUAUCCUCGAAGUCAAGAAAAGCUUACAUGACAAGCAUGGUUUCAGCACUGUCCUUUGUGGAGACCUCAGAUCCCCUGGGGUCUCCUGGAGUCGUGAUGUGUCAGUCCCCUUCCCUCAGCCCACCCCACUCCUGUCUCCACCCCAGCACCCUCCUUUGCAGGCACUGUUAAAUGUGCUUUACCUAGGUGUCAAACGUCUCUCGUCUUCACCUGUAUGUCCUGCCUAUCUGGAGGGAGAUGCUUUUUUCUUAAGGCACUCGGAGAAGAUGAAGGCGAUAGCACUUGACUCACCUUCCUUCUUCUGGGCUAUCUCCUGACCACUCAGUUUGGACACGAAUACCUACCCAGCAGUGGCUGUUGGAUCGUUCCAUGCCUGCCUCACCAACUCAUGAAGGAGCCCACUGGAACCUGAGCCCCGAGUCCCAGCAGCCCAGACAGGCAUGGCAUGCUAAGUAUACCACCUCACCCUCAGAAGAGAGCACUGCUCUCUACAGACAUUCCUCUAGCACAGAGCCUCACUGCUGGUGACUGUUCCAGGGUGAUCAGAUCCCAUCUCCUCUGGGAAGCAGAGACCCAGACCUAACUAAUGGAUGCCCUACCCACAGUGCCUGCCUUCGUGGUUCCUGCUCACUGUUUACUGACUGUCUGGCUAGACCACAGGAUCACAGGCUGACAAGCAGCUUAUGAGGUGCCUUGGUGCAGGUCUGUCACAGAGGCUAGGCUGAUCUAGCCAAGUAGGGUAUCUCUCAACCAGAUGUCCUGGGAACAGGUGCUUGGGACAAAGCGCCUUGUUAGUGAGAAGAAAUGAGCCAGCGCAGAGGGGUUCAGAUCCUGUGUAAGGGUUCUCCUGUCUGUCCCCUCCUGACACAGUAUGCUGUCUGUCACCAGCCUCUUCUAGCUCAGCACUUGGUCAGACUUGAGCUCUGCAUCCUUGUUCUUCACUGUGCACACUGGGAAAAUGGACAAACCUUCAGGAUUCUCUUACUUCGGCUCCCAAACAGAAAUACAACUUAUUUCCACUGCUGAAGAGGUCUGGGAAGGAUUCUGUUCUCUCUCCUUUAAUGAUCCGUGCACAACAUUCUUGUAAUUAUUUCCUGGAAAGUCUUAAAACACAUUCACCUUUUUUGUUUGUUUGUUUAUUUGUUUAAAUACACUUAAUUAAGGAUUUUUCUUCAUAUCGCUUCUGUGGCUUUCCAAUCUUCCUAUAAAUAAAAGGUGAUUGUAAAAAGCAGGUACCAUAAAA